UUUGACAGCUGUUCAUAUGUGAGCGUAAUAUGUCCAACUGUGCACACAGAGGAAUGAGCACAAGUGUGUGUGUGUAACGCAGCUCCUGGAAGCGUUAAUGUUGAUUGUGAGAGUUUGUUGGAGGAACUAGUUUGUCGGGGGACACUCGGCCUCACUUCACAACAGAUAAAAAAGGCAUUUGGACAAAGAAGCUCAUCUCUCAGCGCUGAUGUAAAGCAGCACGCAGGCAAAGGCUGAAAACUGCCAUUUCUCCCAUCUACAUUUGAAGCCAUUAAACAGGUACAUAUGGGGCAGGGGGAGGUUUCAGCAAGAGGCUCAGCCAUGGAGGGGGACUGCCUCAGCUGUAUGAAGUACCUGAUGUUCAUCUUCAACUUCUUCAUCUUUCUGGGUGGCUCUUUCCUUCUGGGUGUCGGUGUUUGGGUGCUGGUGGACCCAAUGGGCUUCAGGGAGAUUGUUGCAGCCAACCCUCUGCUCUUCACCGGGGUCUACGUCAUCCUGGCCAUGGGUAGCAUGCUGUUCCUGCUGGGCUUUCUGGGCUGCUGCGGAGCCAUCCGGGAGAACAAAUGUCUCCUGCUCUUUUUUUUCAUGCUUAUUCUCUUCAUCUUCCUGGCUGAGCUGGCAGCUGCCAUCCUGGCAUUCCUCUUCAGGGAGCAUUUAACCAGAGAGUAUUUCACGGGGGAGCUGAAACGUCACUAUCAAGGUCACAACAACACAGACGUCUUCACCUCCACAUGGAAUGCCAUCAUGACCACGUUCGAUUGCUGUGGCGUAAGUGGCCCCGAGGACUUUGAGGAUAGCCUCUUCAGGCUCCUCAGCCCCAACAAGAUGAUCCCUGAGGCCUGUUGCCAGAGGAACAGUUACCCUGGAGACAUCAGUGUGCAGCACUGUGUGAGCGGCAGCGUGGCUUUCAGACACAACAAGGGCUGUUACUCGGCGGUGGUGGACUACUUUGAGACGUACAUCUACACAGCAGGAGCUUUGGCCAUCGUGGUGCUAACUAUUGAACUUUUCGCCAUGGUGUUUGCGAUGUGUUUAUUCAGAGGCAUCCAGUAACCGCCGCGUGCACAGCAUCACCAUCUUCAGCUGUCACAAAGGCACAGGCAGAAGGAAAACAAAACUGUAAAAUGUGAAAUGUAUUUGUACAGUGAUAGUUUUUGUGUCUUAUUGGUUUUGUGACAUCAUUUUGUACUUCACAGUGGCAGC